AUGGGCUCUAUAUCCCCUCUCGACUCCCUUUUCCAACCCUUGCGCCUCGGUGCUGUGACGCUGCAGCAUCGGGUCGUCCAGGCGCCGUGCACGCGUAUGCGCUCCACGAAAGAAUCUGACGGUGUCUUUGUGCCCAACGACUUGAAUGUCGAGUACUAUGGCCAAAGGGCUUCUGCUGGGGGGCUGAUGCUGACAGAGGCAACUCCCAUCAGUCGAUAUGCGGCGGGCUACCCUGGAGUCCCCGGUAUAUUCACCCAGUCGCAGAUCGCCGGCUGGAAGAAGGUGACAGAUGCGGUGCAUGCCAAAGGUGCUUUCAUCUUUUGUCAGCUUUGGCACGUAGGUCGCGCCACUGUCCCUUCGUUCCUAGAUGGCAAGCAGCCGGUCAGUUCCAGCAGCAUCCCCAUCAGUGGGAAGGCAUUGGAUGGGACCGAGUAUGCUGCGUCUCCACCAAAGCCUUUGACUGCAGCGGAGAUCGAGGAGGUCGUCCAGGAAUACGCCGCUGCAGCGAAGCGCGCCAUGGAGGCAGGUUUCGACGGCGUGGAGAUCCAUGGCGCAAAUGGAUACCUCCUGGAUCAAUUCCUCCACGACAACGUCAAUACGCGCACCGACGAGUACGGUGGAUCCAUAGAGAACCGAUCUCGUAUCGUUCUUGACGUGAUCAAGGCUGUUACAGCAGCCAUCGGCGCCGACCGCGUUGGCAUCCGCCUUUCGCCAUACAACUACUUCCAGGACACUCGAGACUCUGACCCGCAGGCACAUUGGCUGGUCUUGUGCUCCUUGAUCGCUGCUCUUCCCGUCGACUCGCGACCGUCUUACGUGCAUAUGGUCGAGCCGCGCUUCGACGAGGUGCUGGAUGAACAGGCAAAGAUGAGCUCCCUGCCGGAAGGGACUGCAGCCUCGAAGCCUUCGCUAGAUCCAUUCCGUCCAGUCUUGAAGAAGGGUGGGAUUGCUUUCCUGGCAGCUGGAAACUUCAAUGGAGGCUGUUCAUCUCCAACCCGGACUUGCCGCGCCGGUUGCAGGAGAAGCUUCCUCUGA